UGAUAAUAGAGUCUGUGCAUCAUGCAGUAUCAAGAAGCACCAAAUACAAAGGAGAAGUGAAGCAAGAUUCCUCGAGAAGGAGCCAACAGUUGAAAGUGGUUAUUUGUAGGAGAUUCCUAGAAGGCCUCAGUCAGACUAUAAGAUAUCCCCAUUCUUUCUUCUUCAAUUUCUUCUUCUUAAUCCUGCCUCCUGGAAUCCAAAAUCUGCAUUCUCACAAACGAGCAGCUUUGAAACUAUGGGACUUGUUCGAAAUUCCAACUUGUCAGCUCUUCUUGUUUUGCUAUCUUGCUUUCGUUUAGAGUUUGGCUCUGCCACAGACACCAUCACAGCAGCUAAAUUCAUCAACGACUCUGAAACCAUAAUCUCCAAUGGCGGUGACUUCAAACUGGGAUUUUUCAGCCCCCCAAAUUCUACCUUUCGCUAUGUUGGAAUAUGGUAUGCUAACAUUUCUGUGCCCAAUUUCAUAUGGGUUGCCAACGGGAACAACCCCCUCAAGAGUUCUCCUGGGAUUCUUACCAUAUCCGAAGACGGCAAUCUGGUAGUAUUAGAUGGGCAAAAGAAGGUUCUUUGGUCAUCACAUUUAACAAAUUCUGUUGUCAAUUCGAGUGCCCAACUUUCAGAUUCUGGAAACCUUGUCUUGCAAGGAAACACUACAGGGCCAUUCUUAUGGGAGAGUUUCCAACAUCCUUCUAAUACAUUCAUCGCAAAGAUGAAAAUUAGUACUGAUGUUAGAACGGGUAAGAAAGUGCAGCUGACAUCAUGGAAAAGUCCUUCUGAUCCAUCCGUUGGAAACUUCUCUGCCGGUAUUGAUGUUCGUAAUCUUCCUGAAUUUUUUAUUUGGAAUGGCAGAAGCACAUAUUGGAGGAGUGGUCCAUGGAACAGUCGGAUCUUUAUUGGAGUACCGAACAUGUAUUCUUCAUAUCUUGAUGCAUUUAGUCUUGUAGAUGAUACAGAAGGAACAUUCUUUGUAACUUUUACCUUUCCGAACGAGUCUUUCACAACAACAAUUGUCUUGAAUACGCAAGGAAAUCUACAGGAACAAUAUUGCGACAAUGGGGAUGAUUGGGGGAUCGGGUGGUCAGCUUUGAAUACUGAAUGCGAUGUUUAUGGCAAGUGUGGGGCAUUUGGAAACUGUUAUUCACAGAAUUCACCAAUUUGCAGCUGUUUACGGGGGUUUGAGCCAAAGAUUACGCAAGAAUGGAAUGGAGGAAAUUGGACUAGUGGAUGUGUGAGGAGGACACCCUUGCAGUGUGAAAGGGUGAACAAUGGCAGUGAAGAGGGCAAAAAAGAUGGAUUUUUUAAACUGACGAAGAUGAAAGUCCCAGACUUAGAAGAUUUGUCACCUGCUUCUGAAGAACAAUGUAGAAACCAAUGCUUGGAGAAUUGUUCUUGUACUGCUUACGCUUAUGAUUCUGGCAUUCGUUGUAUGUCAUGGACGAGAAGCUUAAUUGACCUACAGAAAUUCUCGGGUGGCGGAGUUGAUCUUUAUGUUCGUGUGGCCUAUUCAGAACUUGAUAAAGAGGAAAAUGUGAAAGUAAUCAUCACAGUCACAAUGAUCACAGGAGUAAUAUUCACUGGCAUCAGCACUUACUUAUUGUCGCGUUGGAUGGCUAAACAAAAAGCAAGGAAGAAGAAAACCAAGGAGAUGUUACUGUUGAACAGAAGGGAAGCAUAUCCAAAAUUUCCUGGUGAAGUCAAGCAUGGAGACAGUUUGAACCAAGUUAAACUCCAAGAUCUACCGUUAUUCAAUCUUCAAGAGCUAGCAAGUGCAACAAACAACUUUCAUCUAUCAAAUAAGCUUGGGCAGGGUGGAUUUGGUCCCGUAUACAGGGGAAAAUUGUUGGAUGGACAAGAUAUUGCAGUAAAAAGACUUUCAAAAGCCUCUGGACAAGGGCUAGAAGAAUUUAUGAAUGAGGUGGUGGUGAUCUCUAAACUCCAACACCGGAAUCUUGUUAGACUCCUUGGCUGUUGUGUUGAAGGGGAAGAAAAGAUGUUGGUCUAUGAAUACAUGCCAAACAAAAGUUUGGAUGCAUUUCUCUUUGAUUCAAUCAAAUCAAAACUACUAAAUUGGAGAAGACGCUUCAACAUUAUGGAAGGAAUUGGUCGUGGUUUGUUGUACCUUCAUAGGGAUUCCAGAUUAAGGAUUAUUCAUAGAGAUUUAAAGGCAAGUAACAUCUUGUUGGAUGAAGAGCUAAAUCCAAAAAUAUCAGAUUUUGGCAUGGCUAGGAUUUUUGGGGGCAAUGUAGAUCAGGCCAAUACUACAAGAGUUGUUGGAACAUAUGGCUACAUGUCCCCUGAAUAUGCAAUGGAAGGUCGAUUUUUAGAGAAAUCGGAUGUCUUCAGCUUUGGAGUGUUGUUACUGGAGAUAGUUAGUGGAAGAAGAAACAAUAGCUUUUAUGAUGAUGAGCAUGCCAUGAACUCUCUAGGAUUUGCAUGGAAAAUGUGGAAUGCAGACAACAUUGUGGCAUUAACAGACCCGAUGAUACGCGAAGCCUGCUUUGAAAUGGAAAUUUUGAGAUGCAUACACGUUGGGCUGCUGUGUGUGCAAGAAUUUGCUAAAGAUAGGCCAACCGUAUCCAUUGUUAUUUCCAUGCUUAAAAGUGAGAUUAUUGAUCUGCCUCUUCCCAAGCAACCUGCAUUCACCGAAAGGCAGAUUGCCCCAGAUACUGACUCCUCUCAACACAACCCAAGUCAAUGCUCCGUUAACAAUGUUACUGUUACAAUGGUUCAAGGCCGAUAAUAAGUAUGUAUUCUUUUUUUAAAAAAGAAAAUAAUUUUAUGGUUAUACAUG